CCUCGCGCAUUCACAGUAGUUCCAAACUCUGUCUGUCUCUCUUACCACCUCUGCUUUUGUUUCUUGGGUUUCCCUAUAAAUGGGUCUUCCAACUUCCUCUGUAUAAACAUCAUAGUUGAGUGAAAUCUCUCUCUCUCUCUCUCUCUCUCUCGUGAUACUUGUGCUUCUGAUAGAGAGAGUCAUGGCUGAGAAUGGAAAUCAUGGUGUUGUGGUGGACAUGAGGGACACGAACUCCACCCCCAAAAUCAAAGAAGAGGCAUGCCCCUGUUUCUCUCUGCCUUUCUUACAAAAGUGUAUAGCGGAGAUGCUCGGGACCUACUUCUUGAUAUUCGCCGGUUGUGGGUCAGUGGCGGUGAACAAGAAUGAUCAUGUGGUGACGCAGCCGGGGAUUGCGAUUGUGUGGGGGCUCGUGGUGAUGGUCCUCGUUUACUCCGUCGGCCACAUCUCCGGUGCCCAUUUCAAUCCUGCCGUCACCAUCGCUUUUGCCGUCACCAGGAGAUUCCCACUGAAGCAGGUGCCGGCUUAUGUAUUGGCACAACUAAUUGGGUCGACCCUCGCGGCCGGGACACUCCGGUUGUUGUUCACAGGGAGCCACGACCAAUUUACGGGGACGCAGCCUUCCGGGUCGGACUUGCAAUCCUUCGUGAUCGAGUUCAUCAUAACGUUCUACCUCAUGUUUGUCAUCUGCGGUGUUGCCACUGAUACUAGAGCUAUUGGAGAGCUUGCUGGCCUUGCUGUCGGUUCAACUAUACUGCUCAAUGUGAUGUUUACCGGGCCGGUUACUGGAGCAUCAAUGAACCCGGCAAGAAGCUUGGGGCCGGCGAUUGUGUCUAAACAAUACAAAGGGAUAUGGAUAUACCUACUUGCCCCAACCAUGGGUGCGAUAACAGGGGCUGCUGUCUACAACACCAUCCGGUUCACCAACAAGCCUUUGCGUGAGGUCGUGCCGAGCGGCUCGUUCCUGAGAAGCAACGAGAGAAACAGCGUGAGAAACAGCGGGAGAAGUGGCUCCAACUGAUGAGAGAGAGAGAGAGAGAGAGAGAGAGAGAGAGAGAGAGAGAUUGUCAAAUGUCAUACUAGUCUUCCACUUUUUUCGUGUAUGAAAUGGGGAAUGUCACAAAUCAAAUAAGGUUUAACAUAUGAAACUUGCUUGAUUGUGUAAAAAGACAGGAUGUGACUUGCCGUUUUAAAUUUUCCGCCGGCUAUUUUGGACAGCCUUUUAAAUCUUUGUCCCUUA